GGCAGACCAUGGAGUCGCGAUUUCGGGCCAAUCACCAGCUCUUCAAGUUCCUCGGAUUGUGUUACUUUUUAUUAAUUUUUGGAUUCGUAAUUUAUCGGUCAAAUAUUUCCUGGGAUACGCAUUUCAAGCGAUCUACAAAGAACAUUCUAUUGCGACUUUCGAGCAGUCCGGAACCACAGCAGUACUAUGUGAAAACCUCCAAGUGCCAGAUCCCCUAUGUGGAUCCCUUCAACGCCGAAGUGAUGAAAAUUUACAAGCCGCAAACACUAGUUAAAUGCUCGAAUGAGACCGAUCUCAUAAGGACUGAAUAUAACGAAAAAAUUAGGCGCCAUGUUUUGCACAUCGACGAUAAAGUUGCUCUUAAAUUGCUUAACUUCACCGACGAGGAAUACAAUUGCUUUUAUCAAGAAAUCGAAUACGGGAAUAAUGCAGAUAACUACGACAACCUUAAGGCGAGGAAGUACUUUACCAAUGGAUAUCAGGUGCCGCAGCAUGUGGAGGGCAUAAUCGUCGAGUGCCAGAUGGCCGAGGAUCCGGAAGUGGUCCUCCAGAAGGAUGCCUUCAUGUUCAUCCAACAUCGGCCGCUGCCCAAGGAACUUAAAAAGCCGAGAGGCCCCCGAAAACCCAGUGUCAUAAUGUACGGAAUUGACUCGUUGUCACGGAUAAAUAUUCGCCGAACCAUGCCGAAGGUCUUUAAGUACCUACAGGGUCCAGGGUGGUACGAGAUGCAGGGAUACAAUAAGGUGGCGGACAAUUCAUUUCCCAAUAUACUCGCCAUUCUCAGUGGAUAUUCGGAAGGUACGGCCAAGCAACAGGUCUGCGAUACCAACAAGGCGGGCUGCUUGGAUGAAAUGCCAAUGAUAUGGAAGUACUUCAAGAAUGCCAGCUAUUUGACGGGUUACGCAGAGGACGAGAGUGGCUCGAAUCAUUUCAACUAUCUGAAGCCCGGCUUCUCCAAAAAGCCCAUGGACUACUACUUUCGCCCACUGCUAACAGCUCUGGAGUCCGAGAUGGAUGUGUAUCGAUUGCCGGAGCAUGACUACAUGCGAUAUUGCCUGGGUCGCAGAAUGGCGAAUCGUUAUAUCUACGACUACGGACUCCAGUUUACCCAGCGUUUUGUCCACGAACGACCCAUCUGGGGUAUGUUCUGGUCGAAUCAUUUCAGUCACGACGAUCCCUUUAUGCCGUCGGCCAUGCAGGACAUAGUUCUCGGUGAUCUGCUCGAUUUUCACGAGGAUGGGGACUUUGAAGAAAUGAUAAUGAUAUUCUUUGCCGACCACGGAACCCGAUUUGGCAGGCUGACCUGGCUGAAGGAGGGAUUCCUCGAGGAGCGGUUGCCCAUGAUGUUUAUAUAUCUACCUCCCUGGUUCCGAGACUCAUACCCCUCAUUUGCCCAGGCACUAGAGUUAAAUCAGCACAGGUUGAGCUCUAAUUUCGAUCUGCACAAUACACUGAAGCACAUCGUCGAGAUUGGAGGUACUCCAGAUGGCCCAAAUCUACCCAGGUCCUUCGACUGUCCUACAUGUCAGUCGCUAUUUUAUCCUCUGCCGGAGGAUCGCACCUGUUCACAGGCGGGCAUCGAGGAGCACUGGUGCACCUGCCAACCCUACAGGACUCUCAAGAGACAGGCGUGGGUGGAGUACAUUGCCGACAGUGUGAUCGAUCGGAUGAACGAGUAUUUCGUGCACAAGAAUCUCAGCGACCUUUGCAGCAAUCUGACACUCGGCUAUAUCCAUAAGGCUGAGAUCAAAUCGGAUCCGAAUAUCGAGUGGCACGAGGAACUGAAGGAGGUGGAAACCGCCGUAUAUCGAAUUAAAUUCAAAGUGGAGCAAAAUAGUGCUGAUUUCCAGGCCACCGUGGUCUAUAAUAAUUCCACCCAAGAAGCUGAAGUAAAUGUCGAGAAAAUCAGCAGAACGAACACAUACAAGGAGGACUCUACCUGCAUCGACGACAAGCUUGCCAAACUGUAUUGCAUUUGCUUUAGUGACCUCAAGUCAGACUAAUUUAGGA